AUGCAACACGUCUCCGAGUCAGUAUUUAAGGGACUAUGUGGUAUUAUUGGGACUUCACAACAGGUAGCCAUGAGAAGAGAAGUUGUGGAUCUUAUGGAGAUUGUGCGAGAAGAUAAAAAUCAAGCCUUUGAAAUGAUGAGUGGGAGUCGCAGAGAAGGUUUUAGAUUACCUGGAUCAGAUAUUGACAAUAUGUACUGCUUAUAUAAACACAGAGUUAUCUGGAGCCUGGGUCAGGUUCAAAAUUACAAUGUUAACAAAAUCGCAUUGAUUCUCGCUGACUGUUCUAAAAGCUUACCAGGAUUCAAUUUACUAGAGUUGCUGACACCGACAGACAGAAAAAGCGUGGAUUCAGCAUGUAUCUGUAUCAAUGAUAGACGUUAUAUAUCUAGUUCUUUAUACAGACAAAUCACAUGUUCACAUAUAUUCCCAAAUUCUACUGAGCACGGGCCGUGUAGCACUGGGAAUUAUACAUGUACAGAAAACAUGGAGUAUGACAAUGCUCAUUGCAUUAGCAGUAACUUUUGGCCUCCAUCAGCCUCGCCGUGGAUAAAGAGAUGUAAUAUUUGGCCGGAGGGGCGGGUCCUUAAAGACAUAGUCAGAAGUGGAUGCCAUUUUGUAGCAAUAGGACACAAAUUAGGAAACUAUGAAGAUAAAGAAUGGAGAAUCUCUUUUUCUCUUGCAGAACAGAAACUCGUUUACUCCAUGAAUCACUGCCAGUUUUUAACGUAUGGCCUACUUAAAUUAUUUCUAAAAGAAGUCAUUAACAACGAAUUGAGUGAAGAUGACAAAUUACUCUGUUCUUACCACAUGAAGACGGCAGUUUUCUGGGUUCUUCAGAAAAAUACAAUGCUUGAUCCAACUAGGGCACAAACAGCUUUAAAUGAUCUUCAGUUCAUUGUCCAUCUAGAUCAGAUAGUGCCUCCGUCAGCCGGCAACGGGGACAUAUCGUGGCAGAUUUUAGGGAUCUGUCAACAACUUUCAGGAAACCACUAUGGUGCCAUAAGCUCGUUCUUGCAAUCCAUUGGACAAGAACCUUUAAGCAAAAUCCAAAUUGCAACACUGAUGAGAAUUCGAGAUUCACUCCGAGUUUUAAGGCCUGAUCUUUUCAGAUGA